AGGCUGCUGUGUCUCUUCAGUGGGUGUGUGUUUCUGCAUGUUUGCGUUUGUGGUCAAAUACAAACGGAACUCUAAAGCUGAAACCUGAAAACUGUUGCUCGCUUAGUCGACUGGACUUCGCUUCAACGUCGAGUCAACUCUCGCUGUGUUUCAGCUGCUUCAGUCUUUCAAGGUGUUCGAUGUGGAUCAUGAAGACUGAGAGCAGGUUGGACUUGAUGCUGCUGCUCGUUCUCCUCACAGGUACAGUCGGUGAAAGUGACGGCAGCUCAGUUGUUGGUCAAACAGGUCAGAGCGUCACUCUGUCCUGUAAAUAUGACAUCAGCAAACACGGAGCGCAGCAUGUCUGCUGGGGUCGAGGUGAAUUAACUAAUGCUCGCUGCAGCGACCUGCUCGUCUCCACUGACGGACAUAAAGUGAUAACCAGAGCUUCCAGCAGGUAUCAGUUACUGGGACGACUGGAGGCAGGUGAUGUUUCUCUGACCAUACUGGACCUCACAGAGACGGAUGCUGGACGGUACGGGUGCAGGGUGGAGAUACCUGGAUGGUUCAAUGAUGAGAAACAUCACCUGGAUCUGAUCGUCGAGAGAGCUCCUCUUCAUACCUGCACAGGUAGAUCAACGACCAUCACGGCAACGACAGGAAGUGAUGUCACAGACAACGAACCCACGCAGGUCACACGGGCUCCGGAGAUGUGGAGCACAGCUGUCCAGCAGGUAAACAGUCUGCAGAGCUUUGUUGGAAACACACUGAGAGUCUCCUUCAUCGUCUUCAUACCUGCACUGCUGCUGAUCACCUGUUACAGAGUUUGGAAGAGGAACCAGACUGACAGGAGGCUGAACCAAUCAGAGGAGGAGGACACGCUGUAAUGUUAUGAUUUGGGGGUUUUGUGCUUCCUGUUUUAUUCUGCUAUUCCUUUCCUGCUCUUGUGUUUUCCCGCUGGCUUGAUAGUUUUACCUCCCCUGAUUGAUCCUAAACCCUUGACGCCACUUGUCACGAAUUCGCAUCAUAGCUCUUUCUUGCAGACUGCAAGCCAAGAUAGCACAUGGAUUCCCCCGAUGCCUGUUGGUGCAUACUCGAUACGAACCUAGGAACCUUUUGCAAGCCCUGGUUUCUCGUUUAUGCCUGUUGUCGAUA